AUGCAUCAGUCAAACUUUCUACAGAAAUGCUUUAUUCAAUCUCAAGAUAUUCAUGAUUUAUCAAAAGUUAUCGCAUCCAGCUCGUAUAUGAAACAACCAAGUAUUAAUUGUCAUACGGUUAACAGCAUUCCUAGUGUGCAGGAUAUUGCAAAUCACUUACACAGGAGUCAGUUCACAAAUCUUCUAGAUUUCACUUCUUCUUCUUCUUCUUAUCCCGCAGGCUAUUCUUCAAAACUGCCUUUGUUUACAAGUAAAUCACAGAAACCAUAUUCUUUCCUGAAAAGCUUCAAUCCAAAUAUUUUUCGAAAUGAAUUCACUUCAAAUCAGAUAAAUCGACUUAUACAAGAGUUUCCACAAAAAGAUGGACAAAACAGUUUUCUGGGGAGUGGUGAAGCCGGUGAGUUUGGCGUACUUGCAGUAAUUUGGACAUAUUUGUUUGCUUGUUAUAUUAUUCGUUUAAUGAAAAUUUCCUGA